AUGAAAACUCUUCUUCUAUUUAUUGUAUUCAUCGGAAUAAGAGCAGUAAGAAGGAAGGAUGACGAGCAAUUUCAAGCGAAUCAAGAAAUUUUACAUAAUGACCCCAGUUUUGAUGAAUUAGAGGAAAUUGUAGAGAAUCCAUUAGGAGCUAAGGUUUUAUAAACAGUGGCAUUGCAAAUAAAAAGUGGAGAGGGUAUCGAUAGUAUAGUUUCUUUAUUGACAAAUUUGAAGAGUGAUCUUGAAGGAAAAUAAAUUUAAUAAGACGGAUCUAAUGCAGCCAUCUAGUCAUAAUGCAAAUCCGAUAUGGACAGUUAUAGUUAGAGGAUAUAAUUAGCAGUCAAUGAAAUUAAUGAUGUUGAAUUCAAAGUAGGAAGAUUAGAAUCAGAUAUUGAAGAUUAUACAAGUGAACUGGACCUCAAACAAUCCUAGAUAGAUACUUUUUAAGGGGCUGAAAAUUCUUUACGAGAUUUGAGAUUGAAAUAAUCAGCCAAUUAUAAUAAAAGAUUGGGUUAGCUGAAAGAAAUGAUAAACGCAUUUCAAGUCAUGCUCCCAAAAAUGCAUGAGUUAUAUGAUAAAGUUUAAUUGAGUGAUGCAGAAUCCUUUGUUUAAGAAGAAGCCUUUGCAAAUUCUUUUGUGUAAUUAGCUAAUAGUGGUCCUUCUAAUCCAAUUUUAGCUUUGGUUCAGGUUACCUCCAUGAUGGAUUCAAGGUCUAUUCAAACCAUAAUUGAAAAAAUGGAAGUUGUAAGGGACUCUUUAAUAACUUCAGUCGAUGAAGAGACUGCAUUAGAGGAGCAAGCCAUUAGAGAUAAUGAUGUUACUCUAAAUGAAAUAUUUAAUGCCAUGUAGGCUUUGACUAGAGAAAAAGCAGCAGAUGAUGAAUCAUUACAGGACACCAUAAGGACUAGAGACCAAUAAUAAAAAAGAGGAAGUGACGCCUAAGCUGAAUUUGUAGCCUCCAAGGCAGGUAUGAAGUAAAGAAGAGGACAAUGCUAAGAAUUAUUAGUCUAAUAUUAAUAAAAUACAAUUUAAAGAAGCAGGGAAAUCGAUAUCAUCAAAAAAACUAAAUUGAAUGUUGUGAAAUCUUUUAUCCAAGAACAAUAGAUUUCUUGA